GUCCUCCCUGUAUUAUCUCCUUCCUGUUAGUAUUAGCAAUGGGCAACUAUUCUUUUCCUUCAUUCUGCUGCUUCUCAUCCUCUUCAACUGCUGAGGAAGUAUUUGCUUCUCAGCAUAACACCAUUGCUGGACCUUCCACUACUGUAGAGUCUGAUUUCCAAAGUUUUCUACACAAAUUCAAUGAUAUUAGCCAGCUUAACGAUCUGAUUCAAUAUAUCGAGAAGCUGUUAGAUAACAAAUCAGAUAAGAAGAGUGAAGAAGCAUCAAUAAGUCCAUUUAUCAAGGAUGGUCAAACAUUGCUGGAAACAGUUGAGAAGCACAUUGACAGACUUCAUGACAAGCAAGAUUUCAAGGAUGCAGUGAGUGCAGAGACAGAGAAAGUAGUUAUGAAUUUUCUCAAGGGUGCUGGAAAACUUCAUUGGGUGGUAGCAGCACUCUCUGUAGUAGGAUUUGCAUUGGAGAGAUAUAAUCAGAUGUCAAAAAACUACCAGGAGUGCCUUGAACUUCUCAAAGACAUGUUUAAUCUUGCAAAGCACAUAGUGUGGUUGAAUGAUCAAAUGCCAGAGCAGAAGCACAAACUAAAUGAGGCAGUCCAAUGCAUCGUGGUUGGAUGCACUAUGUGCGUUUCACAAUCAACAAGGACAGAAUUUUUUAGGUGCUUUCGCCGCAUUUUCAACCGGAGGCGUCUUGGAGCAGACUUUGAACCGCCCCAGGCAUUCUGGCCAUUUACACAACGUUUCAGGUUUCUUACUGCUUCUGUGAAUGCUGAGAGUUUACAAGAUUUCCAAGGCAAAAAAAUCGAUUAUAUGUCGAUCUCACAUUGUUGGGAAAUCCUAACACAGCUUUGCUGCAAACUUACAGUUGGAAUCCAGAGCGGACUGGAAAGUGUAAUUCAACUCCUUGAUUUGAAUGCACAGGAUGCAUUACCGAUUGUUGUGGUUGUGUACGGUCUUGGGGGAAUUGGGAAAACGACACUUGCUGAUGCUGUUUAUGCACAGAUUGACCUCAAAACUUAUAAACAUUGUAGAAUUCAUAUGGAUCAAAAUUGUACGAAGAAAGAUCUUAAAGCCCUUCAACAACAGAUUUUGUAUGGACUGUUUCAACAGAAUGUGGAAUUGACAGACUGUGACAAAGGUUGA